AUGCAUGGUGGUCCCUUACUCGGCGGGCUAAUCUUGGUCGCUGAACUGGCCACGGCCACCGACUACGGAACCUUUGAUAACCCGGCCAACAAUGCACGCAUGAAGUUUCGGUACUGGUUGCCAGAUGCUAGUGUGGAUAUUUCAACCGUGCAGAGCGACAUUGAAGCUGCUGGUGCAGUCGGUGCGGGAGCAGUAGAAUUAUUGCCCUUGUAUAAUUACGGAGGAUCUCUUGCAGGACCAACAGUGGGUGCAGAUUGGGCCAAAUACGGAUUUGGUACACCUGCUUUCAAUGAAGUUUUCAAGGCUUCUUUACAAGCCGCCAAAGAUGCAGGCAUGUGUAUGGACUUUGCGCUUGGGCCAAACCAGGGUCAAGGUGUUCCUGCAAAGAAUACCGAUCCCGGCUUGCAUUGGGAUCUUGCACCUUUCAAUGUCAGCAUCCCAAAAAAUGGCUCUUAUCAGGAUCAAAUUCCUGGUUGGGGAACUGGAGAACUGGUUGCGUUGGUCUCUGCUAGGGUUCUAUCGGCUUCGACAAUAACAAACCCCGCUAGUAGUACUUUCUCCACACCCGCGAACAAUGCCACUCGUCUGGUUCUUGCGGCAGACUCACUUCAGCUCCAUACUGAUAAAGUGAGAGAGGAUGGCACAGUAUCUUUGUUAUUUAACGGCACGAAACAUCAAAGCCAUCACUUGUUCGCCUACUUCCAGUACCAGGAUUUGGUGAAGAAUCUGGACAUCGAAAACCACACCACUGGCACAAUCUUCGAUAAUGGGUCCUACACUGUUGACCAUUAUAGCGCUCGCGGCGCAGAGACGACAAAGAAGUUCUGGGAGAAUCAUAUUCUCAAUGAUACUACAAUCAAAACCCUAUUGGGUGAGGUUGGAACUUACGGCUGGGAGGAUAGCAUUGAGAUCAAUUCUAAUAUCUCCUGGACCCCAGAACUUCCGACAAAGUUUGAAAAGCUACACGGUUAUACCAUUCACAAAUUUCUACCAUUGCUCAUGUAUGGGAAUAACAACCCCGGUGUCCAGCCAUCCUACCCAGGAGAUUUAGAAUGUGUCCUGGACAGUCAAGAUAAGGGCGCAGGUUACGUCAAUGAUUUCCGUGCAGCUCUGGCUCAGGGCUAUGGGGAUUAUUUGACUACCUUUACUACCUGGCUGGAAGGCCUUGGACUGGGUUACUCAGCACAAGUCUCCUACAACCUCCCGCUCGACAUGGAGACCAAUAUCGACCGUGUGACAGCUCCCGAGUGUGAAAGUUUGGCAUUCAACGACAACAUCGAUGGAUACAGGCAAUUCUCCGGUGCAGCAAAUGUGGCCCAAAAGACUGUUAUCUCGAAUGAGAUGGGCGCAGAUCUUGAACAGGCCCUGGCCCUUCCACUCGCCCAACUCUUGUGGCAAAUCAACAUUGCCUUCUCAGGGGGCAUCAAUCAGGUUGUUUUGCACGGACAGACCUUCACUGGCGACUACUAUCAGACAACAUGGCCCGGAUAUUUAGCUUUUUUCCUCCUGUUCGCCGAUUCAUAUAUGGACAAGCAGCCCUCAUGGCUGUGGGGCUUGCCAGAUGCCAUUGGCUACAUCAAUCGAAACCAGUUUAUCCUUCACCAAGGAAAACCUCGAGUGGAUGUGGCAAUUUAUAACAAAGUUUCAUACACCGAUCCUCAGCUGGCAACUUUGUAUCAUGGUAGCGACUUGGUCGAUGCCGGCUUCACAUACAAUUAUUUGAACCCUACCAACCUCAAUUUUUCUCAGGCAUAUGUUUCUGGGAACUUACUGGCCCAUGAAUCCCCUGCUUAUCAAGCCCUUGUGGUGCCUUCAUAUGAAAACUUGACAUGGGACGCCAUCUCAAUGAUUCAAGGGUUCGCCGAUUCCGGUCUACCUGUCAUUCUCAGUGAGGACCUGCCAGGCUACUACUACAACGGCAACUGUUCUGAGCAUAUGGCCGUAUACGCGGGUUUGCAAACUUUGAAAAACUCAAGAAAUGUCCACAGAGCUGCAGAUGGUCAGAUAGCGUCCACACUUCAAGCUCUAAACAUUCGUCCACGUGUUCAAACCAUCACGACAAAUAACACAAUUUGGUAUCCAGUCAUGCGUUCAGACAAUGAUACGGACUAUGUCUAUGUAUUCAGCAAGGACACGGCUGACACAGGCUAUCUCAUCGUGAACUCUACCAAGACCCCUUAUAUAUUCAACAGCUGGACUGGUGAAAGAAUGCCUCUACUCAGUUAUCGCCUUGAAGGAAAUACCACCAAGAUUCCUCUCAGUUUGACGGCAAAUCAGACUGUCAUAUUGGCAUUCAACAAUGAAUGGAAAGCAGAGGUGGACACACCUUCCGUGCACGCCACACUGGUUCCCUCGAAUGUGCUAGCCGAGGGUUUAGUUGUGCACGCUACCAAGGGAUCAUCUAGGAGCAGCUAUUCUUUGAAGUUGUCCAAUGGAAAGACAUAUGACAUCUCAACCAAUGCCACUCUUGCCCCAGUCUCCCUGAGUAACUGGACACUUACAGCAGAACAUUGGAAAGCCCCCCAGAAUAUGUCUGACGUUACCACAAUUGCAGACAAGCAUAACACCACACACCAUCUAACAUCCUUAGUAUCUUGGCUCGACAUUCCCGGGCUUCACAAUGCCUCAGGAUUGGGCUAUUACUCUACUCAAUUCUCCUGGCAACCGGUGUCCUCUAGCCAGACGGGCGCUUCCGGUGCAUACCUCUCUCUUCCAGCUAUUGCCCAUGGUCUCAAGUUAUUUGUAAAUGGACAAGCUGUGGAGACUCUUGAUUUCGCCAAUCCAUUGGUUGAUAUCGGUCCUUUUCUGCAUAGUGGAAACAACAAGAUCCUGGCUAUUGUACCGACCUUGAUGUGGAAUUACAUUCGGAGCAUUUAUGAUGAGAUCUUGAUUUCGGGAUCUAAGCCGGACCUCACAACGCUCCCAAGCAAUGUCGAUACGGGACUGAUUGGAGAAGCGAAGAUCAUUCCAUAUACAGAUCUCCGCGUCUCGAUCUGA